ACUACGGACACUCCCUAUAUUAAAUAAGGCUUUGUUUUCAUUGACAAGCGACUGAGCUCUCAUACUAAAACUUAUCUUCUCAAAGUUACCAUGUUUUGGAGAAAGGCUUCUCAGUGUAAUCAUCAGGAAACUGAAUCUGCUGAAAGUCCUGCUGAAAAGGAUGCUAAGAUGAGGGAAUUAAGGGCUGCCAUUGGAGGUCUAACGGGGAGGAGCUUGAAGUUUUGCAGUGAUUCAUGUAUAAGGCUAUAUUUGGAGGCAAGAAAUUGUGAUGUGGAACAGGCCAAGAAAAUGUUGGAGGAGACGCUUAAAUGGAGAUCAACUUUUAAACCAGAAGAAAUCCGUUGGGAUGAAGUGGCACAUAUAGGAGAAACUGGGAAAGUAUCCAUAGCCAAUUUCCAUGACCGGCAGGGGAGGACUGUUUUCAUAAUGAGGCCUGGGAAGCAGAAAACAUCAUCGGAAGAAGAUUAUAUUCGUCAUCUAGUGUAUCUGAUGGAGAAUGCCAUCAUCAACCUGCCAGAGGGCCAAGAACAGUUGUCUUGGUUGGUUGAUUUCUGUGGUUGGUCACUAGGCAAGAGUGUUUCCAUCAAAACAGCACGAGAUCUUGCCUACAUAUUACAGAACCACUACCCAGAAAGAAUUGCAUUAAUACUUUUCUAUAACCCACCAAGACUUUUUGAGGCAUUUUGGAAGGUUGUGAAGUGUUUUGCAGAUCCAAGAUCAUUUCAGAAGGUAAAGUUUGCGUACCCAAAUAAUAAAGACAGUAUGGAGGUGAUGGAAGCCUUUUUUGAUUCUGAAAACCUUCCCAAAGAGUUUGGGGGAAAAGCCCCCUUGAAAUAUGAUCAUGAAGAAUUUUCAAAGUUGAUGAUUCAGGAAGAUAUAAAGACUGCAAAAUUUUGGGGAUUUGAUGAUGCUCUGCACACUGCUCCAAUGGUAGUGAAAACUUGAACAAUAUCAACCCUCAAAUUAAAGCCAGUUAUUAAUUACUGCCCAAUCUGUAAAAUGGGCAUAUAGAAGGGGAUGUGUGUAACAUGCAUAACCCAAAAAGGUGUUUAUUGCGCUUUUAAUCACUCAACUAUAAUAAAGUGUUCGCUUUCAAAAACUACAAAAACUAUAAUAAAAUUUUCGUUUUUUGUUCUCAA